GGAUAUAGCGCUUCUUGCUCUGCACUUCUACAGUAGGCAAGGAAAAAGCGGGAAACUCUUACCUGUGUUAGGACCAUAAGGUGAAAAACUCAUAAUCGUCGUUUAUACAUCUUUGUACUGAUUCAUUGUUCCUUAAACAUGGGUGGUGAAGACUCUUGAGCAAAGUUCUACCCAAUAAGCUAAAUGGACUACCUCCGCAAGCAGCAGCUGCAGGCCGAGGCGGACGCCAUAAGGCCUGGGCUUGGGACCGAGCUUUUCUCCCGCUUCCAUGUCACCACUAGCGCCGAGCUGGAUGAGCUGCAAGCUCUUAUAGAAGAGCAUAAGCAGGUGGUGAUGUCCUCUAUGGAAGCCGUAAUAGCCAACAAUCGUCGCCAAGCGGACGAGUACCGGCGCCAGACUGCCCUGCUAGAAGCCAAGGUCGCUUCCUCCGGCGUGUCUCAGCUGCCCGGCGCGGGGCUGGACGCGGCUCGUCACCUGGCAGCGGUGGCGGGCAGGCUGGGGCUGCACACGGCUUCAGAGGGGGCCAUGGUGGCUGCAUGGGUGGCGGAGGAGGCGGAGAAGCUGAGGCAGGAAAGGUUGCAGGUCCAGCGCGAGUCUGUGGCACAUGACCUCCGCUCCGCCGCCCAGACCGCCGCCCGGCAGGCUGCCGAGGUGGCGGCCGCGCUGGAUGCCGCCCGCCGCUCUCAGGCGGUUGCGGAGCGGGGCCUGGAGAGCACGGAGGCGGAGCAGCGCACGCUGGAAGCCAAGGCGGAGGAGUACGUGCGGCGGAUCGAGGCGAUGCGCAGCAAGCUGGUGCAGCUGGGGUACCGGCCGGAGUUGGGUCACGAGGCGCUAGGCACGCUGGCAGCGGAGGUGGAGAGCCUGGAGGCUCAGCUGGCAGGGGCGACGGAGGCGCUCAAGAUGUACGACGGCAUUCCUCCAAGCGCUCCGGGGCUCACAGCCAUGCUGGAGCGCUCGCAGCGGGAAUUGGCGGAGCAGCAGGCGGCCAUGGGGAGCGCAUUCGUGCAUGGCGGCAAGGCGCAGGCGG